ACCCCCGAUGGUACUUACUUCCUCCAAUGCCCAGGCCCCCGUGCAGAGUUUCCAUUAUUGGACCUCCACAGACAGGGAAGAGCACUCUAUGCAGGCUUCUAGCUCAGCACUACAAUGCUGAGGUGCUUGAUAUGGAGGUUUUGGUGAAGCCGGUUCUGGCCAAAUCUGAGCAGGAAAGGCUUGACAAAAUUAAAAAGGAGAUGACACAGGUCGCUAUAAAGAAAAUUAAGAUGAAGAUGGAGCAGGAUGGCGGACAGAAUUCGGGUAAUUCGGAUGAAACCAUUUCUGUGGAAGUGACAGAAGAUCACCCAGAGGUACAAGGCAUGGUGCUCACUGCACUGGAAAAAGCCAAACAUAUGAGCGCAACCCCCAUCAGCCUGUAUGCUGAUGCACUGGAGAAGCGUAUAAAAGAGAUUGAAGCGACUUACACUGGUGCAGAUGUCCGGACCGGCUGGGUGCUUGACAACUUUCCCAAGAACCUUUCCCACAUGGAUGCCUUGCAGAAAGCUGGAAUCCUGCCAGACAUCGUCUUCUGUCUGAGAGACAGUGAUGGCAGUCAGGUUUUGAAGAGAUUAUAUGAGACGAACAAGGAGAGCGUGGACAAAGCCGUAAGGAAGAGGUUGCAGGAUGAACAAUAUGAGAAGGAGAAACAGGCCUUAAACCGGAAAGAAAAAGAAUCAGAGGUAGAGGCCAAGCCUGCGGAGCUGCAAACAAAUCUAGAGACAGUUGCUGAGGAGACUGAAGAAAAUCCUGAACAAUCUGACACUAUCACUCCUGCUCAAACCGACGUAAUGAAAAAGGAGGAUAUGGCACUACCUGAUCAGUGGGAGUUGGGUUAUCCAAAUGGCCCGGAGAUGAAUGACUAUAAAGUACAACUGCAACAGUUUGCGUCCGAAUGGGGCAAAAUGCAGUCUGCGCUAACUGUCACCCACUCAGUACUGGAGAUUGGGGACAAAAACCCUAGGGACCUGCUCCAAGCGAUGGUCCAUGAGAUGGAGA